CGCCACUGCCAUGGAUGUUACACUGGACAUGGAUGACUGUAUCCGGCAGUUCACCUCACUUCAACUCUUCCAGUCCUUGAACAGGCGAACCAUCAGCGCCUGUUGUUCUCACAUCUCUCCCAAAGCGAACAAUCUGUUUCUACUUGUCGGUCUCGGGAAAAGUCCAACCUUUACGUUUUAUGAAAUGAAGCAGUAGCCGAAGCGGCCAGGUAACCGAGUGACCCGUUCCGGGCUCGAGCUUGUACGUGUCAGGCCGCUCAUCGAUGAACAAUCUGUUCCAACCGUCCGGAUCCGUCAGCGAACGAACCAUGACCCCUCUGCUCUGCCCAUAACAUCACGAACUUGGCACGCCCAAGCGAUGAUUCACAUCCCCUCCCGCUGCCAUGCCUUCCAUAUCGCGCGAAAAUGCGAGAAUCUGGCUGCUUCUCACCAUCUUCUUCCUGACCAUCCUCUCCCGGAAUGACGGCCCCGCCCUGAUCACGGGCCCCUUCAUGGGCGCAUCCCGCCUCGGCCGCCUGCGCGAUGCGCACCGCGUGCUGAACAGCACAAAAUGGGGCGACUUCGACCCUCACGAAGCCGUGGAGGAUGCGCCGCCGUGGCAGGCUCCCCGCUUCCUCAACCUGACCGGCUUCCGCCAGACCGACGGCUAUGCCUGGGUCGAUCUCCCCUACUUCAGGGACCGCUGCCGUCAGUGGAGCCGCCACGCCUAUCCGCCGAAGGACGGUCCCGACGAGUGGGACCAUGGGCCGGUUCCCAAGACGUGGCAGAAUGCGACCGGCACCGUGCAUGGGAAAUGGGUGCGGCGCCCGGGCUCGGUCGUCAGGAAGGCGAGCGGCUACAAUCUCACCGCGAUUGCCCCCGGCGUCGACUGGGUAGACAGCCACGUCGAAUGGGGCUGGAACGUGACUGGCUCCCACGGCACGAUCUUGCUGCGGCUGGCUGAGGACGCUGACGACGCGCCGUAUGAGGAGGAGACAGAGGAGGGCCAGCGCCCGCGGUCGGCGGGCAUGGCAAGAGAGAUUUCGGCCGUGGCCGACAUCCAGGACGAGGCAAAUUCGGCACCCAGCUUCGCCGUCCGACUCCAUGGCGUGCACUGGCCGCGGCAGGGCUCCAUCCUACUGACGACGACAACCGAAAAGUUCUCCGGCAUCUUUGGCCUGCCUCAUCUCGCCCCCGGACCGGACUUCUUCCAGUCGAGCCAGAAACUGCUGAACCGGACUCUGGGAGAAGUCCUCCGCAAGAAGGAGCGCAGGCGAUUUGCGGACCCCAGCAACCCUUGGACCCCGGUGGUCGAAGAGGAGAUUUCGGUUCCGCUGCCGCGUUGCGAGUACAUCAUGUAUUUGCAGCUUCAUCCGCUGGACCCCAUAUUUAUCGGCGAGACCGGGCUCGACGACCAGCUGGUCCCCGUCGUCGAUCAGCUUGAGAAUGAGCUCCGAUUCCCCACCGGCGCGCCCUCCAGAGGCACCCCGGACCUGCGCAUGUCGCUCGUCGCAUGGUCUCCGGAUUGUGCCUACUACCUCGAGUCCAAGGGCCCACCGCUAUUCCCUUCGGUCGAGGGGCAGCACCUCGUCGGCGUCAAAUCAGAGGUCCUGCUGUCUCGGACCAAGGCGUGGAUGUUCGGGUUCGCCGCCGUUCUCAUGGCACAGCUGUGGCUGCUCAAAACGCAAAUGAAGGAGUCAAAUACCCCGUCUACGCUCGGGCGUAUCAGUUUCCAGACGAUCGCUAUGAUGCUGCUGGCCGAUGGCCUGGUCUUUGCAUGCUCGUCGGCCUGGAGCCUCUCGGCCACCAACACGUUCCUCCCUUCGCUGAUCCUCACCUUUGCCGCCUUCAUGUCCAUGGCCAUCGGCGCUGGGUUCCUGUCCGAGAUUCACAAGCACCAAGAGCCGGAGCGGCGGCGCGAGCAGAAUAGAACCAACGAAGCCAACGCAUCACGCACCCCUCCCGCCGCGGCCCCGUCCCCCGCCGCUGCCACAUCAACUUCCCCCGGCAUGCUUCCUGCCCCCGUGACCGCCGGAAGCGCUGCUCGUCCUUCCUCGCCCCCAGUCAUCAUUCCCUCCGACCAAGACAUCGACGCCGAAAUAGCCGAGAACGCCGCCUCAGGCGCUGCCGCCCUCACAUUGCCAACUACCCGCACCCCACCAACAACAACAACAACAACGGCAACAACAACCACCACUCCUCCCCGCCCGCGGGUCAGCGCCUUUGCCUCCAUCACCGGGACCUUCGUGACGAUCGGCAUCGCGAUCCUGAUCCUGACAGCCAUGUCGAUGGCGUGGCCGCCGCGGGCGCGCGCGGCGCUCUUCCACGCGCUGGCGUUCGCCUACCUGUCGCUCUGGCUGCCGCAGAUCCGGCGCAACGCGCGGCGCAACAGCCGCCGGGCGCUCGCCUGGCGCUUCAUGGUCGGGCAGUCGGCGCUGCGGGCGCUGCCGCUGGCCUACUUCUACCUGCGGCACGACAACAUCCUGUUCGUCGAGCCCGACGCGGUCGCGUUCGCCGUCCUCGUCGCCUGGCUCUGGCUGCAGCUCGUCGUCCUGGCCGUGCAGGACGUGCUCGGCCCCCGCUUCGGCCUGCCGCGCAGCUGGGCCCCCGAGGUCUGGGAGUACCAUCCCGUCCUGCGCGAGGACGAUGCCGAGGCCGGCGGCUUGCCCAUCGGUCUCGUCUCGGCGGCGUCCUCCUCCUCCUCCGCAGGGCUGGGUGGCGGCGGGGCCGGGGACAGCGCGGCAAGCUCGCCGGUUGCUGUCGCCGCGGGGAGGAGGAGGAGCUGGUCGUUUGGGGACGGCGGCGGCGGGGAGGGAGGAGGCGAGGACGGAGCGAGGAGGCGGGAGCGCGAGAAGGAGCUGCGCCGGCACGGCAUGGCGCUGCGGUCGAUCGACUGCGCCAUCUGCACCGAGGUGCUCGAGGUGCCGGUCGUGAGGGCUAACGCGAAGGAUCCGUCGGCCGCCGGCGGGCUGGUGGGCGUGUUUGCCCGCAGGGUCUACAUGGUCACGCCGUGUCGGCACAUCUUCCACACCAAGUGCUUGGAGGGCUGGUUUAGGUACAAGCUGCAGUGCCCGAUAUGCCGGGAGGAGCUGCCGCCGCUGUGAGGCGGAUGAUAAUGUGGCCAGCGGGGUCCUCAUGAUUUGGGGUUGUCGGUAUGAACUGAGAGGUAUGUACGAGGCGCCGAGCCAGGUUGUCGAUGAGAGACAUGGUUGUUUUUGGGUUGAGGGCCAAGUAAUGCAGGAGAGAGUGGGUGUAUUUUGAAUGUAUGCAUAGUACCUACAAAAAGCAACGCGUAAUGAAGCAGUCUUGGAAUGCCAGUUCCAACUCGAAAAGAAAAGUAUGGCUCAGUCAGGGAAACG